AUAGGCUUCAUGGAUCCAAUAACAACACGGACACCAUCAUGAAUGCCUUCGCAUACUACUAGUACGCUUUGAGGGACACAGCUUCGCACAGCAACACAUCUACGGUCUUCAUCUUAUUCACUUCCUGCGCUCGACCCCACCCAGAAAUAUCGUUGGCCUGUCUCCUGUGCGAUUCUGGCUCAGUGGUCAAGUGACAUGACCGACCAUGAGCAUAUCUGUGGCCAAAGCUGCAUUCUUAGGUUUGUUUUUUGAGACUUUAUUUUAUGGCGUGUUCUUCACUUUGUACUGGUUAACAUUGUUCGUCCUCUUUAAGAAAACUGGCAUUCAACGGCGACUUCUUAUCCCAGUGGCAACCUUACUGCUCUGCAUUGCAACGGCCCAUCUAAUCAUAGAUUUUGUUCGAGGGUUAGAGGCAUUCAUAUUCCAGGUGGAUACGAUUGGUGCCGAUGCCUAUUAUUCCGACAUGGCUUCACCGCUGAAUCUCGUAUUGAUAUCACUUUACGUCACGCAAACCAUUCUUGCUGAUGGUGUACUUAUUUGGCGAGUUUACGCGUUCAACAACGGAAGCCUCUUCAUUGCCAUUCCUGGUUGUAUCGUUCUGUCGGCCACUGCGGCCAUUGGGUACUAUCUUAUUUGGCCCUUCUCUCGGACCAGUCUGAUGUUCAAUAUCCCUGCUGCUAUUUCUGGGUGUAUCGCCACUUUCUAUACAUUGACCAUGUUUACCAGCGCCACCUGUACCACUUUGAUUGCCUGGCGCAUCUAUCGCAAUCGCCGUUUCAUGCCAGGAGGGCUUGGCAUUUUUUUACCCGUCUUCAUCGUCAUCAUUGAGAGCGGCCCUUUAUAUACUACGUGUGUCCUUGCACUCCUUGCAGCAUUCUUGAUCAAAUCCAAUGGCGAAUACGUUGUGUUGGGCGUUAUCGCUCCUACUGUGGGAAUCAUAUUCUGCCUCAUUAUCCUGCAAGUGCAUUUCAACGUAGGCGGCAGGCCCCCCACCGAGCAACCUGCGCAAAUGAGGAGCAUUCGAUUUAGAGGGCGAGGUGUCCGGGACGUCGACUCCAGCAGGGAACCGAUGACUAUGCUCACCAUGCAGGAGUCGGAGAUCGUUCAAUCUGACAUAAUGGGAAGAAAGAAUGGCCAACCGCUCUCGGGGGGUUUCUUUCAAUUGUAAAUUGGUCACGUUCAAUUCUAUGCAGCCUUUCCGUCUGCGAGCAGCUAGGUCGCCGAUCCUGUUUUCGGAGGACGAGACAGACAAUGGUCUCACUACAUCGAACAUUAUUGUACCAGGCGCUAUACCCCCCAUCUUCACACUAUAUAUUCAUAAUUGGCUUGCUGAAGUUAUUUAUUGCAUUAUCGCAUUUUAAAACAGACACAGAAAUGAUGUCCUUCCAUCCUGGACAUGUUGCAGGAGAUGCCUGACCGACUGAAGAAAGAAGAACGUGAUCUGAGCCAUACUAAUGUGGAUGCUUCUACUGAAGCUGUGUUACCUUUGACGAUCCGACUAUCUGCAGG